AUGUUAACAAGAGCACAAUUUCAAGAUUUAAUUUCUCUUGAACAAUAUUCGAGUAACGAAACACAAAGCGACGACUGUAACCUCUCGCUACCCGAAUCCAUUCAAAGAAAAUACGCCAUGAAAAGACUGAAAUUGUUGUAUAAACUUCUUAACAAUUGGGGGGUCGAAGACAACUCAGAUUAUAGUGAAAUGUUUAACAAAGUCAUAGAAUCUCUUAAACCAAUUGAAAACGACAUAAAAAAUCCCGGUGUUCUUGUAGACCUUUUCGCCUCAAAAUUACCAGUUACAACUAAUCUAAUAGCAACACAAGCUAUAGAGCAAUUUAUUUUAUGUUUUCCCAAGCAAUAUAGACAACACCUGAGGGAAACAAGAAUAGGAAAAUUUCAAUUGGUGUAUCCUACAACAUACAACUAUUACGAAGAAGCAAAUGAAUAUGGAGAACUCUCAUUCCAUUUCACACUUUCAGUUCCUGAGGGAGAAGAAAAAGCAAUCUAUCAUGUACAAUCUCUUGCAGGAUGUGAAGGAAAACCUCACAUAAUAACUACUGUUGCAAUUGAGAAACCUGCAAGAGUCGAAGACGAUGUUUUGUUCGCGUCCAUUGCUGGUUUUGGCAUGGGAGAGCCAAUUCCAAUUUCCCAUUUCACAGAAUACUCAGCACAACAUUUUCAAAAUGUAGAAUUCGUGUUCUACGACCAUCAAAAGUUCCUGCUAACAAAACCAAAGAAACAAUUUGUCUCAAUAUUUGUUGCUGAUCAUGUGGCUGACAAAGAGCCAUCAGAUACUGACUAUGAAGAAGAGGAGGAGGAAGAAGAAAACGAUAGCGAUGUCGUUCUUAUCGAAUAA